AUGGACGUCCUCUUCUCCAUACCCAUGAUAUCCUACUUCCUCGGCCCAGCCCUCACCUCCUGGUCCACCUCCCUCAACCUCCUCUUCUUCUACAUGACCUGGUCAACCCUGGUCCUCUCCCAACCGCCGCUCGUCGUCCACACAGCCGGCAUCCUCGCCAUCCGCAUCGUCUUCUUCCUCCUCCCCUCCCUCGCCACCCUCCUCUUCGACGUCUCCCUCCCCUCCCUCGCAGAAGGCAUCAAGCACGGCGGCCGCAGCGCCCUGCCCCCGCGCGACGCCAAAUCCCUCUCCCGCCUCGUCGGCCUCGUCCUCCUCAACAUGGCCAUCCUCACCGCCGUCGAAGCCGGCAUCGACUUCGCCUUCACCCACUUCUUCUUCAAGGAGCCCAUCUUCAAAACAGCCACCACGUUGCCUCUGCCGUGGCAAAUCUUCAAACACGUCCUCAUCCUCCUCUCCGCGCGCGAAUCCCUCCUCUACGCCAUCCACCGCUUCGUCCUGCACACCAAGUCCUCAAACGCAACCUUGCGCGCCCUCUCCAAACGCCAUCAAAAGUACGCCCACGCAAAGGCCGGAGCACCCUUCAGCCUCCGCCUCCUCGCGGACCAUCCGCUUCCCUUGCUAUGCUACAAGUUCAUCCCGCUCUUCCUCCCCGCGGCCCUUCUCCGGCCUCACAUCCUCACUUAUUUCCUCGUCUUCCUGCUCUGCACCGGCGAGGAAACGCUCGCAAUGUCGGGUUACACCAUUGUCCCCGGCAUCAUCAUGGGGGGCAUCGUGCAGCGCACGGCUAUCCACUACGCGGGCAAGGGGACGUCCAACUAUGGCUCGUGGGGGAUCCUGGACUGGAUCAACGGGACGAGUCGCGGUAGGGAUGUGCUGGAGGACGUCAAGAAGGAGGCGGAUAAGCAUCAGCUGCAGGAACGGUCUGCGAAGAAGGUAAACCAGGGGGCUGGGGCCGUCCAGGAGGGUUUUGACAACUUCAGGGAGGGGGUGAGGACAAGGAGAGGGGGGAGGAAGAAGGCUUCGCAGUGA